AUGGGGUCCCCGGGCAAUAGGGAUCAUGGGGCCCCUGUGUCCAUGCCCAAACUCAAAAAAGCCUAUGAAAAAGGUACCAGGGGCAUCUCAUGGGGCCCCCUACUGACCCCGGGCCCUCGAGCAAUUUACGCAAAUUCAAUACAGAAGAUCCAAGUUAGUCUUAUAUAGUAGACCCAGGGGCGGACUGACUCAUGGGGCCCCCGGACAAUAUGGGAUCAUGGGGCCCCUGUGUCCUUGCCCACACUCAAAGCACAUCCAAAAAUGUAUAAAAGGUACAAGGGGCAUUUCAUGGGGCCCGCUACUGACCCCGGGCCCUCUGGCAGUGCCCGAGUGCUCGAAUGGUCAGUAGUCCGCCCCUG